UUGGAUUGCAUACUACCUUGGUGAGUAAAUCGAAAAAAUUGGAAUAUUUUAUACUUUCUGGGUUUGCAGAAAGGAUUCUUGUUGCUAAUAGUUGUGAUCGUCAUGAUUUUGCCCCGUGAACAUUUCAGGUAUUAUUAUUGGAGUGCUGAAGAGAGGUAUUUCUAGGUGUUUACUCGUGAUGGUGUCGUUGGGAUGGGGUGUCAUUCGUGACGAACUUGGUUCAAUCAUGAAGAAGAUACAUGUAUUAGGAGGGCUUUACAUUGUGAUUUCAUUGGUGAACGACAUCAUGACGGAGAUCAUGGUUGCUGAAGUUCAACGAAUAAGCCAAGAGGAGGAAGAAGAACUGUUCGAUAUCGUGUCCAUUUUAGGUUUGGUGAUUCUUGUUCUUGAUCUCAUAUUCUACUUUUGGAUUAUUGACUCGCUGAGUGGUACGAUGGAAUACUUGGAGACCAUGAAGCAAACGCGCAAGUUGCUGCGAUACCUUAGAUUGAAAUGCAUUCUAAUGUUCUCGAUUCUUUUCGGUGUCAUUUGGGCCGUUUUUGGCAUCGUUGACACCUAUGACGAGGGCAUUGUCACGCAAGAAGCGACCUGGGUGAUUGAUGCCGCCAUGGAAAUGAAUUAUCUUUUCGUUUUGAUUGCCGUUGCCAUACUGUGGCGACCGCAACAGAAUGCGAAGGAAUAUGCGUACGUCAUGGAGCUCCCAGCAGCCGUGUCAGCUACACUAGAUGAUGAUGAUGACGACGAAGGAGCAAUAGAAUUGUCAGGUAUAGUUCCUUCAGCUGCUGACGACAGUGAUGAUGAAUUCAACGAUGAGAUUCAAUAGUAGCUCGUUAUCAAUCGUACAGCAUAGACCAACGGGAUUGGAAUAUUUCCAUUAGAAACUGAAGCUAGUCUGUUGUAUCAAUAAUAAUAUCAAUUAUUUUUU